GAAGCGUAAGCGAUCUGUCAAUGGAAACACGAAAAGGUUGUCUUUCUUCAGUCGUUGUCUCGCAAAAAAACGAGCUAUAUUACCACAGAACGUGGCGGUUCGUGUCUGACAAGCUGAACAGAAUAGAAACACACGUACAGUAUCGAGACCAUGAAGAAAAUCAAAGGGAAAGCAAGUAACAAGGCUGAAAAAGAAUUCGUGUUUGAGUUCAAGGCCGGCAGACACAACUGUGUUCUCAAAGUACCGUUGCAGUUCCCUGUUCAAGAGAACAUCAGUGACCUUCAUGGACGUCUGAUGCUGCUCCAUAAAAUACCCUGCUACAUAGAAAACGAACUAAAAGUAUCACUGUCUGACUUCAUUGAGAAAGAGACCAUUUUGGAUUACGACAGAGAGGCAGAACUGGCCCUGCAAAGACUCACAAUAGGUCACGUAGACGUAAAUCAGCUCACCAAUGCAUGGACCAGAGCCUAUGUAGAGACCACGCUAGAGCAUGCGCGACCCGAGGAGCCCAGCUGGGAUGAAGAUUUUGCAGAUGUUUACCACGAGUUGAUCCAUUCUCCUGCCUCUGAUACGCUUCUCAACCUGGAGCACAAUUACUUUGUCCGUAUCUCUGAGCUCAUCAGCGAGAGAGACAUGGAAAUCAAGAAGAUACAAGAGAGACAAGCCGCAGAAAUGGACAAAGUCAUGCAUGAAUUGGGAAAUACACUGAGUGACCAUGAUGUAAAUGCAGUAGCUUCUCAGCACUUUGAUGCGCAACAGAUGCUGGAAAACAAGUGGGUCACUGAACUGAAGCAAGUGACUUGUAUUCAAAAGCAAGAAUAUCAAGAGUGGGUCAUUAAAUUGCACCAGGACCUGCAGAAAUCCAACAGCAGUCAAAUUAAUGAGGAGAUUAAGGUACAGUCCAGCCAGCUGUCAGAAUCUUCAGAAUCUGGAGGCAGGAUGUUUGAUGAGCAGCCUCAACUGGAAGAAAGCUUCACUAUUCAUCUAGGAGCACAAUUGAAGACGAUGCAUAACCUGCGGCUUGUCCGAGCAGAUGUUUUGGACUUUUGUAAGCACAGACGUCAUGGCAGCAGUGGAGCAAAGUUACGGCGCCUUCAAACGGCCCUUUCACUCUAUUCCUCAUCUCUUUGUGGUUUGGUACUUUUGGUUGACAACAGAGUCAACUCCUACAGUGGCAUCAAGAGAGAUUUCGGCACGGUGGCCAAGGAGUGCACAGACUUCCACUUUCUCUGCCUGGAGGAGCAGUUGGAGGAGGUGCAGCAGGUGCUGCUCUAUGCCAGAGCUCAGAGAAGCAGCAAGCAAAAAGAUCAACCUGAAGUCACCAAGAAUGGAAGUGAUGAUAAAAGUAAAAAUGUUGAAAAAAAUCCUUCGAAUAUCUUACCAGGUGAGUUCUAUGUCUCACGCCACUCCAACCUGUCCGAGGUCCAUGUCAUAUUCCACCUGUGUGUGGACGACAACGUGCGUUCCGGGAACAUCACAGCCAGGGACCCAGCCAUCAUGGGCCUGAGGAACAUUCUGAAGGUCUGCUGCACACAUGAUGUGACCACCAUCACCAUCCCUCUGCUGCUGGUGCAUGACAUGUCAGAGGAAAUGACAAUACCAUGGUGUUUGAAGAGAGCAGAGCUGGUUUUCAAAUGUGUAAAAGGUUUCAUGAUGGAGAUGGCUUCAUGGGAUGGGGGCAUAUCGCGCACGGUGCAGUUUCUCGUGCCAAAGAGUAUCUCAGAGGAAAUGUUCUACCAGUUAAGUAACAUGCUGCCUCAGAUCUUCCGUGUCUCCUCCACCUUGACACUCACAUCGAAGCCUUGAUGGGAAGAGAUGCACCACACUCUCAAGGUCCAGAACCAAUGAUGAUCUUUUCCCGUCUUUUUAUAGUUUAAAGUCAUUGCUGUGUUUUAAGUCUGAAAUUACGCAGGAGGUGCGAUGGGGCCUUGAGAAAUGGAACACAAGAAAACUCUUUUGACUCUACCUUAAAGUGCAUACAGAGAAGUGAUGAUCCUUAAGCAGUUUAAUAAGCCUUUUAAUUUGUUCCCUUUAAAGCUGCAUAUCUUAGUGAAAGACGGCUGGGUCCCGCAGCUCACCAAAGCAGCUGCUGCAAUUAUCGUUUCAAGCCUCCAGGGUGCAGUGCCACUGACAGAGUUGGAUGACGCUAGCGACAAACUGGGAGCUUAUGUCAUUUCUUCAGAGCUGCUAUCUCUUGCUCACUCUGUUAUUUGGGGCACCAGCACGAUGCUGCCUGUUAUGACGAGAAGUGUCAUAAUUUCAUCUCGCUGGUAGGCAGUCUACAUACAUCCCCUUGAGAGAUGACUUGAAUAAGACAGUUCGGGAUGGGGGUGGUUUAGAAAGCAUAUAGAAUAGAAAUUAAUCAAUUCCAGAGUAAAACUCUGGGCUUUGUCUGACCUUUAUUGUACAGGUAUUGUUGUAAUUAUUAUAACCAUUACACAAUUUGACCAUUGUAUAUGACUGUAAAUAUAAUACAUGAUAAAAAAAAUGUUUAACAUUUUGAUCUGAGGAGGGAUCAGGGCCAUGCAAGUGUAUAAAUACGAGAAACCACUUUACAGUGGCACCAAACUCAAAAUAUUCUGGCUGCUCAGUAAAAGAUAGCUGAAGCGACAGAAUGUUAUCGUCAUUAAUGAAAGAGGGAAAAAAAGAAAUGGCGCGCUUACAAAGUUUAGUCUUUGUUUUGCAGACUCACCAGAGGAAAAACGGUAACCUUCCUAUGCAUCUGCAACCAAGUGUGAUUACUGAAUUUAUUAUUUUAAAGCGACAGUGUGUAUGGAUUCCUCCCAUCUAGAGUUGAAAUUGUACGUUACAUCCAAACAAAUCAUGCACUGUAGAACCUGUAUUUGUACACGUUUUCUGUAACAGUGGUAGCCUUUGUAUAUCAGAAAAGGUCAAACAUCAUUGUCGAACAAAACAUAAUGGAAAAAAGUUUGCGUCAGGCUAUUUUUGGCAGCGUUCACAUAUGUGUUGAGGAGAAAGCUGACAUCAGUUUCAAGAUGGCAGACUGUCAUGGUGCCUCCCAACUGGAUCCACCGUUCUUAUGUAUGAAAAUAAAAUCUAAAAUUCUUUGCUUAUGCCAAUCUAUCAUUAUUAGCAGAGGCUAUAGUACACCAAUGAUAAUACAUAAAUGAAGACACUUGAUUUUGGCCAGUAAACAACUGAAAAUCUAACAGAGUAUCCCUUUGAUGUAUUUAAAAUUAAAAUGUUUGAGACUUUUUAACAAAGACGUUGCUAUUCGUUUACAAGACCAUCGCGCGUCAAACAAGUACCACAAUUUAAAUAGACACGGUCUCUGCAGAGACAAGUGAUAACAUUUCAAAUUCCCAGUAGACCAGUUCCACUGGUGCAAAGAUGAGCAGUAUGCAGCUUUCAAUGCUGCAUUGCAGUGAGCCCAAGUGAGCGUGAUUCCGCUCCGUUUAGUCUUUCCUGUCCAUUUUCAUGACAGCAGGUGGCACUGUUCGUAAAUACAAGUACAUAUGUAUGUAUGUGUAUGUUGAAAAAAAAAAAGACAGGAAGAAAGGUCCACAGUACUGUAUAUGUAUUCUUAUCUGGACCAAAGAGUUGUAGAUUAUCCAGAUGUCAGUGCGUUUGUUUCUCUCACUUGCCUGUACAUUUACUUUUUUUUAAUAAAACAAUUAUUCAAACACCAAAUUCUCGUUAAUACCUCAACAAAAUCUCAUCACAGAGUACAAGAUUCUAGAUUAUUCUUGAUUUAUUUUUGUCAGGCCCAGGCUGUCAAUCUGAGUUGAUGAAUUCACCAAUGGGACAGAUUUACGGUGGCUCAGAAGUGCAAAAACAAAAUCCGAAACACAGUAAGCAGGCUAAGCAGAGGAAACCUCGAAUUAGGAGUUUGUACGAUAUAUCAGGUUACCAUGUCAAUGAAUGAGUCAACUGUAAAGUUAUGUUUUGCAGAGUUCAGCAUUAGAAUUGGUCUCAUUGGUCUUGAGCGCUGGGUUUUCUUAAACACAGCACACAUUCUAUUCUGCACUACAGCUAGUCUGUGUUUCUGUCCUCCUCAGCGCUGUUUAUGUGCUUGAAAGAUGAUGAGCGCAGUGUUUAACGGAUACCUCAUAUAUAAUCAAAGCAGCUUCAACAGCUACAAAAGAUUUGUUUACAAACUACCAAAUAUAACCAUGACCCAACUCCCUUAACCUCUUUUGAAAUGGGUAAUUAUUUCAGCUUUGUAACACCAACAUUACUGAAAACAUUGUUUAAAUGCAAACCUCCAGUGUACUCCAAAAGUAUUUGAAGGGCAAGGUCAAUUCCUUUUUUUUUUGUUGUAUACUGAAGAUGUUUGGAUUUCAGAUCAAAAUAUGAAUCAGGGAAAAAAGUUCAGAAUUUCACUUUUUAUUUCAUCGUAUUUACAUCUAGAUGUAUUAAACAACCCAGUAGAGAGUACCUUUUCUUUGAAGCCUCCUACUUUUCGAGUGAGCAAAAGUAUUAGGACAUUAUUAAAUGCUGGAAUCACCUUUAUUGGCCAAGUAUGUAAACAACUGUUAGAUUUGUUGUGAAUAUAUUUAUCUAUUUGAAUUAUUGUAGGUACAUAGUAGUAUGUUAGUGUCGUCCUUGCUUCGAAAAGUCUUGUUCACAGGACGAGCUCCCUACACAGAGAUGCAACAGUAUCUUCCUACAAGUGGCCAAGGACAACGCCAUCAUAACCAAAGAAUGUGCCAAAUCAUCACCAAAAACUGUCCCUUUGUUCAUUUCAUCUGCUCACCCCUCCUUUUGAUCUUGUGUUUUCUAAAAGAAAAAAAAAGUACAUGAGAGGCUGGUUCAGAAUGUGUUUGGAGACUGUAACUGGGCUCUCUCUUUCACAUCCUCCUGAUCGGAAGAAAGAGGACUUCUUGUCCGUUAUGUGUGCAGCUAUUCCAGCAAGUUAGGUGAUAAACCCAACAACAACACAAAAGGAAUUUAUCUCUAGUAGUUGGAGCCACCCUAAUAUGACAUACAUGUUGAGUAUGACAGUCAAUGAGUCAAUUGACAGGGAACAUUUAUUUAUUAAUUUUUGGAACUGACAGUUAUGCAGAGGGUGCGGACACUUCUAGGAUGAAAUGAACUUAAUAUUUGGUGGCAUAACCUUCACUUGCAGGAAAUGCAUCAAGCCUUCAACCCAAUGACUUCACCAGACUGUUGCAUUCUUCAUUUGAAAAGCUUUUCCAGGCCUAUUUCAAUUCUUGUUUCCUCUUUGGGAGGAAAAAUGUAUGCUCUAUUAUGUUCAGGUCCAGUAAUGUGUUUGUUGCAAUGUGUUUUAGAGUCAUUGUCUUGUUGCAUGAUGAAGCUUCUCCUGAUCAGUUUGGAUGCAUUUUUUCUGUAAAUAGCCAAACAAAUGGUUUUGUAGAC